AUGGCGAGCAAAAAGCGAGAAGUCCAGUUGCAGACUGUCAUCAACAGCCAAAGCCUGUGGGAUGAGAUGUUGCAGAACAAAGGCUUAACAGUGAUUGAUGUUUACCAAGCCUGGUGUGGACCUUGCAAAGCAAUGCAAACUUUAUUCAGAAAAUUGAAGAAUGAGUUGAAUGAAGACGAAAUUCUACAUUUUGCUGUUGCGGAAGCUGACAGCAUUGUGACUUUGCAGUCAUUCAGAGAUAAAUGUGAGCCUGUUUUUCUCUUCAGUCUUAAUGGCAAGAUUAUUGCGAAGAUCCAGGGUGCAAAUGCACCACUUGUUAAUAAAAAAGUUAUUAGCUUGGUCAAUGAAGAGAAGAAAAUUGCAGCGGGUGAAAUGGUUCGCCCUCAGUACCAUGAAAUUUUGUUAGCAGACUCAGAUUCAGAAGAUGCUGGGGAUGCCCAAUAUGAAAGUGCUGAGGAACAAUACAGUAUCGCUAUCAUCAAACCUGAUGCUGUGAGAAAAGCUCUAGAAAUUAAAGAAAACAUCACCAAUGCAGGAUUUGUCAUAGCAACAGAGGAUAAGACAGUGCUCACUGAAGAACAAGUUAGGGACUUCUAUAGUGCAAUGGAAGACCAGCCUGACUUUGAAGAGUUCCUUUCUUUUAUGACAACUGGCCUAAGCUAUGUUCUAGUUAUAUCUCAUGGAAGUAAAGAGCAGGAAUCCUGGGAAGAACUUCAGCCUGAAAGUGAACCUAAAGAACCCUCUGAGGAUCAGCCUGAGGUGGAAGCUAAGCCCCCACCCAGAGUGACGAGGAAGAAAUGGGACAGUUUACAAGAAUAUCUGGAAAGACAACACGUAUCUCAGUUUUGUGAUGUUGAAGAGGACGUAACUAAUGUUUCUAAGUUCAUGGAUAUCUUCUUCCCUGAUUUUAAAAAAAUGAAAGGCAUGAAAUUAGAAAAGACACUGGCUUUACUUCGACCAGAUCUCUUUCAAGAAAGAACAGAUGAAGUUUUGAAUAUUAUUGAAAAUGAAGGCUUUAAAAUACUGAUGCAAAGACAAGUAGUAUUAUCAGAAGAAGAAGCAAAAACACUGUGUAAGGAAUAUGAAAAUGAAGACUAUUAUGGGAAACUUAUAGAAAACAUGACCAGAGGUCCAUCUCUCGCCCUUGUUUUAUUGAGAGGCAAUGGUUUGCAACACUGGAAACAGUUACUGGGUCCAAGAACUGUUGAAGAAGCCAAUGAACAUUUUCCACAGAGUUUAUGUGCACAGUUUGCAACGGAAAGCUUGCCUGUCAACCAGCUGUACGGAAGCGAUUCAUCGGAAACCGCUGAAAGGGAAAUACAGCAUUUCUUUCCUCCUCAGAACACUUUAGCAGUGAUUAAACCUCAUGUAACACGUGAGCAAAGAGAGGAGAUCCUAAGGAGUAUUAAGGAGAAUGGAUUUGAUCUGACACAGGUGAAGGAAAUGCUCCUAACUCAAGAGCGAGCAGAUAAAAUUUACUCAAAAAUAACAGGAAAAGACUUUUAUAAAGAUGUAUUGGAAAUGCUAUCUGAGGGUCCAUCCUUGGUCAUGGCUAUGACCAAGUGGAAUGCAGUUGCAGAGUGGAGACGAUUGAUGGGUCCAACAGACCCAGAAGAAGCAAGACUACUGUCCCCAGACUCCAUCCGAGCCCAGUUUGGAAUAAGUACUUUGAAAAAUGCUGUCCAUGGAUCAUCUACUGCCUAUGAUGCAUUUGAGUGCAUUGGUAGAUUGUUUGAAGAGUCUGUUCCUCAGAUUCCUGAGAAAAACUAA